GAUGGAGUGAUUGCAGUUGCAGUUUUCCGUCCAACUUGGACGCGUCCACCCUUUACAGUUUUUCCCUUCCCCGCUUCGGUCUCCUCGCGUCACGGGAGUGCGUGGUCUGAGUAAGAAGCUACUUACUCGGGACUAGCAGCAGAGGGUGGCGGGGAGAGCCAAACAAAAACCCGAGCUCAAGCCGCCCUGGAUCUCCAUUUUAGUUGUUUAUGAGUGGAGUGAUUCACUGCUUCGGGCUCCUGCAUUUGCCCUCUUGCUGGAGCUGGGUGGAGAAGUCUGGAUCUUGGUGGAGCCAUUCCAAUUGCAGAGAAAUUGCGGGCCUCCCUGCCCCUGGAGCUCCGUUUGGUGCCAAGAAAAAUAGAAGGCAAAAAACAUUAUCCCGAGUUUUAAUCCUGUCGAUUGUUUGAAGAACUGCCUCAUUUGGUGGACAGAAUCGACCAGGGGCUACCGCAUCUUGCUGGUGAUGGUUUGAUGGAGGUGGUUGACAAGAUUGCCGGGCCAGAGGGCCCUUGGGUGGCCACUGCCCGGCAGCCAAAUAAUUCAGAGUUGCCAGCAUCAGUAGUGAUAGAUGCAGCUAGGGAAGGGGAGGGCACGGAGCAGCCCGAUGAGAAGGACCCGUCGGCACAAGGCGGGGAGAGCUUCCGGUUCCGGGGCGAGGAAUCGUCGGGUGAGGGUGGCCGGAGUUCGUUCUCCGGGGCGAGCCACCCUCCGGAGCCAAUCGAUGUGGAUGUUAUGAGCACCGUGUAUGUUUCGGUUGACGAGGAGAAGACCGGGCCACCGGGGUGCUUGCUGCGAGGCCCGUCAGCCAAAGCACCGUCCAUGGAAGACAUUUCUGUCCAUGCCGCAGACCUGGAACCCAAUGUGGUUGCUUUGGUUGAAGAGAUGAAGGUGCCCGGUGCCCCUGUUCCAGAGCCUCCUGGCGAGGCCGUGCCCUCAACUCAGUCGUCGGAGGAGAAGGAUCGCACCGGUGACAGCGCCGGUGCCACACGCAUCAGGAACAGCUGCACAAGCACACGCAGAAGCGGAUCCGUUGCCGGUGAGCCCGCGGUGACCGCCGGGAGGACGCAAGACAGCGCAAAGGGCAGCUUCCGAGGCAGCUCAACGGAGAGCAUAAAGACCAGCGGGAGCCAAGCGAGCGACAGCAGCGACGACAGCGGCCGGAGCAACAGCGUCACCGGAGCCGCCAGCAAGCCCCACAAGGGGAACGACCCUCGGUGGCGGGCGAUCCUCGCCGUCCGGGCCCGGGGCGGCGCGCUGGGGAUGAGCCACUUCAGGCUGCUGAGGCGGCUCGGGUGCGGCGACAUCGGCAGCGUGUACCUGUCGGAGCUGAGCGGGACGGGGUGCCACUUCGCGAUGAAGGUGAUGGACAAGGCGUCGCUGGCGGGGCGGAGGAAGCUGAGCAGGGCGCGGACGGAGAGGGAGAUCCUGCAGCUCCUGGACCACCCCUUCCUCCCCACCCUGUACGCGCACUUGGAGACCGACCGCUUCUCGUGCCUGCUCAUGGAGUUCUGCCCCGGCGGCGACCUGCACGCGCUGCGGCAGCGCCAGCCGCGGAAGCACUUCUCCGAGUACGCGGCGAGGUUUUAUGCUGCGGAGGUACUCCUAGCUCUGGAGUAUUUGCACAUGCUGGGGGUGGUGUACCGGGACCUGAAGCCGGAGAACGUGCUGGUGCGCGACGACGGCCACAUCAUGCUCUCCGACUUCGACCUCUCGCUGCAGCAGUGCGCGGUGUCGCCGACGCUCGUCAGAGCGCCGGCGUGCGACUCCGACCCCAGGAGGGCAGGCGGCGCCUUCUGCGUGCGGCCCUCCGGCUGCAUGGAGCCCUCCGCUGCCUGCGUCCAGCCCGCGUGCUUCAUGCCCAGGCUGUUCGGCCAGAGGAGCAGGAGGCGGCGGCGGUGCUCCGAGCCGGGGCAGGGCGUGCCGGAGCUGGUGGCGGAGCCGACGGCGGCGCGGUCGAUGUCGUUCGUGGGGACGCACGAGUACCUGGCUCCGGAGAUCAUCAAGGGCGAGGGCCACGGCAGCGCCGUCGACUGGUGGACGCUGGGCGUCUUCCUGCACGAGCUGCUCUACGGCCGGACGCCCUUCAAGGGGGCGGGCAACCGCGCCACGCUCUUCAACGUCGUCGGCCAGCAGCUGCGCUUCCCGGAGUCACCGCCGACGAGCCACGCCGCCAGGGACCUCGUCAGGGGCCUGCUGGUCAAGGAGCCGCAGCAGCGGCUCGGCGUCAAGCGGGGCGCCGCAGAGAUCAAGCAGCACCCCUUCUUCCAGGGGGUCAACUGGGCGCUCAUCCGGUGCAGCACGCCUCCCGAGGUGCCCAAGCCCGUCGAGGCCGAGCCGCCAGCGAAAUGCGGAGCAACCCAGCAGCCGACGGUGAUCGGCGCCGCCGAGGUGAAGUCCGGCGGCAAGUUCCUCGACUUCGAAUUCUUUUAGACCACAGAGUUUGUCCCUGGCUCUGAUUCGACCAGUGCUAUUUAAGCUUGCGAGUUUGUACAAACAACACUAUGGGAACCAGGGCAGGAGAUUUAUCAUAGUAUACUGGUAUAACUGAGCCAAUGAAUCACAACAACAGAUGAAAGCA